AUGGAGGCCUACAAGGUCUGGGUGCGGAAGAACCGGGACCUCGUCCGCUCCCUCGAGUCCCUCGCCAACGGGGUGACGUGGAUACUUCCUGAGCGCUUCGCUAACUCCGAGAUCGCCCCGGAAGCAGGUGAUGCAAGUCUUUCAAUAGGAGUAACAUUUAGUCCCACUCCACGUUUUUUUGGUCUGAAUCUUCUAUCAUCGGUUGUAUAUGCACUUCUGGGCAUUGUAAGUUCUGUCAACCAGCAUAUAAUUGAGACACCAAAUGAUGGUCACUCACUGGCCUCCAAGGAACAAUCUAUCCCAUGGGCUCUUGUUGUAUCCAUACUGAAGGAUGUGGAAGCAGUUGUUGAAGUUGCUGCCCAGCACUUUGUUGGAGAUGAUCGCAAAUGGGGCUUCCUUGCUGUUACAGAAGCAGUGAAAGCAUGUGUCAGGUUAGCCGCUUUCAGGGAGAGUGGCUACAGGAUGCUCUUACAAGGAGGGGAGGUGGAAAACGAAGAGGAGGAUGUUCUUGAAGACAAUCAGGGAGUCAAGACUAAUGGAGUGCCAGUAAUCUAUCCGGUUAAUGGACAUUCCCAAAAUGGCCAUUGGACUACGACUGAUGGUCCGGAUGGAAAACCUGGAAUUAUAUCUAAGAGUCUGGAGGGAAGAGCAGUAGCUGCUUUAAACAGGUUUGGUCAGAAUGCAAAGAUGUUGUCAGAUCCCACGUGGAUGAGCAGGCUCCAACCUUCUCCUGUUCCUCCUGCAGUGAUGGAGAUUGAGAAGCCAACUUUCGCAACCAUUUGGUCUUCUAAAGGGGUUUCUGGGCGCUUAUUCAUGUUAGGGGAGGCCGUCCACAUAUUCAGACCACUUGUAUACGUACUCUUGAUUAGAAAGUUUGGCAUCAAAUCUUGGACCCCGUGGUUGGUCUCACUAGCUGUGGAGCUCACAAGCCUUGGCAUUCAUUCGCAUGCAACAGAUCUGAAUCAUAGAGCUGGGAAAGUUCAUCAGCUCUCGUCUGCUGAGAGGGAUGAGUUGAAAAGGCGAAAAAUGAUGUGGGCACUUUAUGUCAUGAGAGAUCCGUUCUUUGCCAGCUACACCAGGCGUCAUCUUGAGAAGGCUGAGAAAGCGCUGAAUCCAGUGCCGCUUAUCGGUUUCAUCACAGGUAAACUUGUGGAAUUAUUGGAGGGGGCUCAGUCGCGGUAUACAUAUACAUCAGGCUCGUAG